GACCUAUAAAUCCAAACAGAAAUGUGCUGAGUUCUUGUUCUUCCUACUAUGAACUAGCAUAGUAGAGCAUCAGUUCAUUUUAAGAAAUAAAGAGGUAUUGAAAAUGGAAGGUGGGAGGAGUUGGGAUCAAACGUCACUCGUUGGUGAGAUAAUUCAGGGGAUGGAGCUUACCAAGCGAUUGAGAACAGAGUUGAGUUCAGCAUCUACAGAAGAAAGCAGAGGAUCAUUAAUACAGGGGAUUUUAUCUUCAUAUGAAAGAGCUCUUUUGAUACUGAAACGGAACGCACCAAUGAAUCAGCCUCCGAUGCCGGAAGUAGCCCCCGGAUUGCCAGGGUCACCAAUUUCUGUCAAUGGAAGUGCUUCUAGUGAUGAUUCUGGCAGAGGCCUCAAGGACCCUCAGCAGGACCCCAGAAAGGAAUCAAAGAAGAGAAAGACACAGCCCAGAUGGAAAGUACAAGUGAAAGUGAACUCUGAGACAGGAUUUGAAGGACCCCACGAGGAUGGUUAUAGCUGGAGAAAAUAUGGCCAAAAGGACAUACUUGGUGCAACAUAUCCCAGAAGCUACUAUAGAUGCACUUUCCGUAAUACUCAGAAUUGUUGGGCAGUAAAGCAAGUGCAGAGAUCAGAUGAAGACCCUUCUGUGUUUGAAAUUACAUAUAGAGGAAAACACACUUGUUCCCAAGGGAACUAUUUAGCCCAAUCAUGUCAUUCACCAGAAAAGCAAGAAAAUAAGGAAAACGACCACGGCCAUGAUCAUCAUCAGAAGCAGCCUGCACAAGAGAGCUUAUUUGGUAAUCAAACUAUUGAGAACAUCGAAAAGCUCGAAAACAAGGCAUUGACAUUCUGCUUCGGCUCAACUUCUGGUGGAUGUAAGGACAUUGUAAAUGGUGGCUUUUCUCAUUUAGCCAUUGACACUCACACCGCCUUGGGAAGCUUUUCUCAGUCAUUUAUCUCCCCAACCACACCUGACUCAAACUACUUCACUCCAUCCCCAUGCCAAAGGAGCAACAUAGGAGGGACUCAUAAUAUGCAACCUCUAGAAUCUGAUGUCCAUGAGAUUUUCUCGGCCAACACUUCAGCUACCAACUCCCCUAUCCUGGAUUGGGAUUUUCCAUUCGAUUCGGAGCAGAUCAACUCAAAUUUCCCAUUUAACUCCCCAGGAUUUUUCUACUAAAUCACUUGGGGAUAAAAAUAAAAUUGCAAACUGGUUAAUUGCAAAUCCUUUAGAAUUUAGCCUCAAUCAUGAACCAAGACAGAAGAAGGAAAGGCCGCCCCUACCCAGGUUUCAUUUUCUAAAUUCCUUGCAAAGCAUGGUGAUUAGUAAUAUAACUAGCAGCUUCAUUUUUGGUUCUUUUAUUAAUUUUGUUCCCAAUUGAUUUCCUACAACAUUAGACUAAGCAAUAGCACGUCUUGUUUGAAAUUAGGAAGCUCCCUUACAAUAGUAGUAAUUGAAAAAUAUAUACUAGUUUAUCAUGCAUUUUCUAUAAUAUGAGUGAAUUUACAUACUAUAUCAAAUAUCACCAUGUCAUCAAGGAGAUGGGGAAAAAUGACAGACAUGUUUUGUUAAUAAUCAAUUCAAAUGGAUAUCAGCAAUUAAGUUCACAUCACGAAGGAGUAUACCUACAAACUCACUAAACCAGAAAGAUGCAUGUUGCUGCAAGUAUUCUUCACCAUAUUAACUCUUAUGGGAAUCGGAACUUAAGCAUACGCAUAACAGGUAUAAGACCUCUUCGAUCAAGAACAGAUUGCAAGCAUAGUUCGGAAAGAAGCCAAAUAUAUCAACCCAUAUUGAACAAGUGCAAUGAUAAACCAUAACUUUUUCAACAAAGAGACAGUCAGUCAUGAAAUUAUGCAUUGGGAAAAUGGGACUGAUUAAGAAGAUACAAAAAGCACUUCCAGUUAGCACAGACACGGAAAUGUCAUUACUUCUACUCGAUGGAGAGAGGUUACCAACUUACCAAUAUCCCAGCGCAGGAACCAGAUAAAGAAACCUGGAGUUGACAAUACAGAUAAAACAUUUUAACUAUGCUGGGCAAAGCAGAUCCUAGCUCAGAUAAAGACAGGAAAGAACCACAUAUUGUAGCACAGAAAAACCAUUUCCAGCCAGAAUUGUUGAUUCAAAGGGCCAUCAAACUAAUUUAGUAUAGAAUGUUCAAAAGGAAAUUUUCAGAAACAAGCAGCUCAGAGGUAAUCAGAACGACAAUAAAGCUGAUAAGGACUGAUCACCAAUAUAUCAUUUAGCCAAAACUCUAUUCAUUAGUACUUCAAACAGACUUCACGAUCGUAAUUAAAAGAGUAUCGGAGGGACUCACAGGCUUCAGGGACAAAGGAGCAGCUUUGAAUGUGAAGCAUACUUUAAUCUGGCAAUAAUGUAGAAGAAGCUGGUGUCAAGUAAAAUAGAAGCAAGAGCCUUGGAAAAUGUGCCCUGCCCAUCGAUCAAUCGGUGCUCAAGAGUUCAGGCAAUCAGAAUCUUUUCAUAGAGGUUCUUGGGGAAACACGGCAGAAAAAGUGGCAUCUUCUUGAGUUGGCGGCUGCUAUCCCCUCGGAUCUAAAGCUCAUUUCACUAAUUUGGCCCCAGAUUUAGGCCCAAUAUGAGCUCAAUUCUGCAAAGACAAUGAACCAUUCUUGUUCCACAAUCCUCGACGCUGGAUGAAUUUGGAAGUGGAAGCUUCUUUGGACCGUCUGCUAUUGCAAAUCCUUUUACAGUUAAAUUUCCAAAACUCAUUUUAAAGUUCUUAAGAACUGUUCUUUUCGAGGACGGAAAUACUAUAUUAUCCUUAGUUAUACUAAUUAUUUUCCU